AUGCCAUCGGGCCUUGCGUUUCCUGGGAUUUAUGGCGAGGCGAGCGACAGCAGAUGGAUGUUGACCGGGGACCCUACAGGGAAAGAUGCAUUUUCGUAUAUCUCAAGCUUUUUCAAAUGUGAGCAGCAAUGGCUUGCCCGAUUUGCCAAGCCUCGCGACCCGUCGGAUCCAUUCUAUCUGAGCACCGAGGAUAAUUCGCCGGCCGCCCACAUCGCUGUCCUGGACCAAUUCCUUGCCUGCCUGCCUCACAUUAUGCCGGAUCUGGAGCUGCGUUAUCCGGCACUAUGGCACACCGACUUGUAUCGAAGCAACAUCUUCGUUGAGUCGCCACAGCCCACCAUUUUGGGCGUCAUUGGCUGGCAAUGGACAGAUAUUGGGCCUUUUUAUGCACAGGCGAUAUUUCCAAAGGCUUUUGUGUACGACCUUCCGCUGGAGGAACGAGAGCUCGUCAGGAUGGAGCAAAAUGAGGCAUUCGCAAUGUGCUACCAGCAGACCUUGAUCACAAACACACCUCCUUGCGCAGCAGUCAUGUCAACCCCAUACCUUUCGACUGUAGUGGACCCUGUCUCCCGCGUAGUCACUUGGGAUGAAAUCGCACCAGCUGGCACGCCGUGCCCUCUCAAUUAUACGAAUGAGGAUGCGGAGCGGAUUCUGAGCCAUGCAGUGCAGGAGCGCGACUACGAGAACAAUAUCGAACGGCCGAAGGCUCUUUUGAAUGUACAGAUUGAUGGGAAAGUUGAUACGGAGCAGUACGAUGAGGUGCUGGGCCGAAAGUGAAGAGAUGAAGGCUCUGUGGGAUUCUAAGGAAUGCGGCGGACUAUAUCGGUUCCAAG